UCUUUGGAGAUGAAAUUAAAGUACUUAGGCAAGCUAGACUUACGUAUUGCCAAUUCUUAUCAUGAAAUUGGACGAAUUUAUGAUUUUAAAGGUCAAUAUGAUAAGGCUCUUGAUAUGUAUGACGAGUCUCUAAAAAUUCGGUUAUCAGUCCUUGGACAUAAUCAUCCUCAUAUUGCCAAAUCGUAUAACAAUAUCGGAGUUACCUUUGAGAAGCAAAGCCGAUAUGAUGAAGCCCUUUCUAUGUAUAGCAAGUCCCUUAAAAUUCGAAUAUCAGUUCAUGGCCAAAACCAUCCUGAUAUUUCGAAGUCAUAUAACAACAUGGGAGUCGUCUAUGAGAAACAAGGAAAGCAUGACGAGGCUCUUUCCAUGUACGAAAAGUCACUUAAAAUUCGAUUGUCAGCCCUUAACCACAAUCAUCCCCAUGUGGCACAAUCUUAUAACAACAUGGGCAUUGUAUAUAGGAAUCAGGGUAAGCUUGAACAGGCCCUUUCAAUGUAUAAUAAAUCGCUUAAAAUUCGA